AUGCGUAGCAAGUUUAAGGACGAACACACCUUUGAGAAGCGUAAGGCCGAGGCUGAACGCAUCCGACAGAAGUAUGCCGACCGUAUUCCGGUCAUUUGCGAGAAGGUCGAAAAGUCGGAUAUCGCCACGAUUGACAAGAAGAAGUACCUGGUUCCUGCCGACUUGACGGUUGGCCAGUUUGUAUACGUCAUCCGUAAGCGUAUCAAGCUGUCGCCUGAGAAGGCCAUCUUCAUCUUUGUGGAUGAGGUGCUUCCGCCGACGGCUGCUCUGAUGAGCUCAAUCUACGAGGAGCACAAGGACGAGGACGGCUUCCUCUACAUCACAUACUCCGGUGAGAACACAUUCGGAGAGCCUUUGUAA